AUGGGCUUCAUGGGCGUCCACAGCAUUGGUGGACCAUCCCUCAAAGAAACCCUUCUCCACGAGUUUCGGGACGUUUUUGAGGAGACUCUAGCUCUCUUAAGGGAAGAAGAUGAUCAGUUAAAGACAAAAGUGGAUCAGUUAAAGACAAAAGUGGCUGUCUUAAGGGAAGAAGAUGAUCAGCUAACGUCAAAAGUGGCCCGCUUAAGGGAAGAAGAUGAAUUCCAGUUGCAAGUUACUCAUUCCUGCAAAGCUGAUCUUACCUUGGAUCCCAAAACAGCUAAUCCAAGACUGGAAGUGUCUAAAGAUAGGAAACGUGUGAGAGACACUGGAAAUAUUUGUCAUGUCUCUAAAAGUAAACAGAGAUUUGAGUCUUACACAUUUGUCUUGGCAGAACAGGGAUUUUCUGAAGGAAGCUAUUACUGGGAAGUGGAGGUUGGCCAGAAAAAUAUGUGGGAUGUAGGCGUUGCAUCUGAAUCUGCUCCUAGAACAGGGAGGAUCACAUUGUCUCCCCAGAAUGGCUAUUGGGUCAUAGGGCGUGAUAAUAGAAAAAAUUACUGGGCUCGGACAGACCCCUCGACACACCUGAAUAUAGCAGAUAAACUAACAAGAAUAGGGAUAUUCCUAAAUUUGAAAAGCCAGGAAAUUUCUUUUUAUGAUGCUCAGAGACAACAUAAAAUAUAUACCUUUCUCCAUGUUGCUUCUGGGAAAUUUUAUCCCUUCUUCUCAACAGGCCCUUUAACAGGAGGAGAAUUUGAUAAUGGGGAGCUGAUAAUCCCACCAUUGUUUGGAGAAAAAGAGAUAGUGAAAGAAAAAUAAAUAAAUGUCUCUCUAGUGAACACAACCCGGAAUAUAUUUUUCUUUGUAGUAAUUUCAUUUAAAUUUUAACUCCAUACAUAAAGUGUUAAAAUGUGAUAAUAAAUAUAGGUUGUGUAAUAGGCUAUAUUCUUUUCUCAUACAUUAAUGUUUCAAGUUUGGUUUAUCUAAUGCAAAAGUUUGCUUGGUUUUGUUUGGUUUUUAUUUCAGUUAGUAGCGAUUAAUAGCAUUGAAGUAAAUUUUUGAUACUAGGAUAUUAAAUUACAACAAUUAAAUAAUAGAACAAAAUUAAUAUUAUAUCAAUGCAGACUUUGUAUAACUUUUUCCAUUUCCUAAAAUUGUUAACUGUAAUAUUAAACACUGGUUCUGAAAAAAAAUUAUUACGUUUAUUUAUAGGUUUUUGAAGUGGAAGGAAUAAAUAGAGAAACUAUUCACAUCCAUAGUUCAGAGAAUUUUUACAGUUGCUAUGGCAAAAAACUGAUCUUAUUUCAGUUUAAAAAGUAAUUGAAAACAAUGCAUUGAUCUGUUUGUUAUGGAUAUUGUAAUAAUGAUAAUGAUGAUUCUGAUCGUGAGUUAGACUUAUUA